CUGCACGAGUUGUCCAUGCAGGCCUUGGGCGAGCUCAUGAGGGGCCUCCUUGAAGAAGACCCCACUGAGAAUUGGUUCAUGGAAAUGUUCCAUCUGCUUGAGCCGUGGAUCUUCUCUGACAAGGAGUGGGAGAGAGAGAGGGCCUUGCAGGCCAGCUCCCAGCUCCUUGUUGCCUAUCAGGAGACAGUCUAUUGCAGACUACAAGAGCCUUUGGAGCAGUUUGGGUCCCUGCUGGGGCUGCUGACACCAUACACUUGCAGCUCUCUUGCUGCAUCCCGCCUGUGGGCCGCCGACUGCAUUUUCUGCCUUCUGCAGCUACAAGGCCAGUCCAGGACAAUGGAUGCAGCAGAGGGGGAGCUGAGAGGUCUCCGGGAGGAGCUCAAAGCUGCCAGCCCUGAGGCUGUGCUGAUAUCAUCCUGCCAAAUGGCGAAGGUCAGUGGCUCAAGAAGCUGGUGUGGAGACUCUGGGAGCUGGGUGUCCUUCAUUGUCCGUUCUUUUGCUCACACGUGGUUUAUCUCUUUCUUUGGCGUGCAUGGGGGAGGCAUUUGGGACACAUAUGGUUCACCCACUGUUUGCCCAUGUCCAUGUAGAAAAAAUAAGUCAGAGCAAGAUUAGAAAGUCUGGUAGAUAGUUCUGUCCUUGCACAGAAGAACAAACCUUUGUCAGUACAGCAUCCAAGUGAGAGCCUCAGCCAGGACUUGGUCUCCUCAUGUGCCCAUUUUAACUUAUCCUGAGGUGCAGCUUGGCUGUGUUUGUGUUGUGUUGUCAAUUGAUGCUCUCUCCAUUGAAGAACGGUGGAACGUUCAAACCCAGGAUUCACCUCUUGCACAUGCACCAUGUUGCCGUAAGGCCCAAGCUUAUACACGGCACCACUCUUUAAUAUCUGUCUUGAAUUCUGGGGUUCAGUGCAAUUUCCCUUCUUUCUAUUUGUCUCCAGGUCACUGGCAAAUUCUUGCCCUCCACCCAGGCCCUUGAUUUGGUGGGGACAAUAAUGGAUGGCAUGCUUUCUGCCAGCCCCACGUGUGCCACAGCAGCAGGCCACUGGUUCUGUGCAGUCCUGAGGGAGAAUGGAGAUGCCCUUCUGAA